CAUACGGAAGAGAUUUCUGAUGGUAAAGGUACAAAGAAUAUACUACAAGAAAAAUAACUUGUUUUGCGAUAAAAUUACACGAGAAACGCUUGGAUUUAUACUUGUGGAGUGAUGUAGGAUCCUCUUAUGUAAUUAUCAGCAUUGGAAGUAAUUUAUUCAAAACCUUUUCAAGUCGGCUGAGAGCCGUCAUAACAAUAUGUUGAACUAGCAAGUGAAAUUGUGACGAAACCUUGCGGAACAAGUGUUAUAGGAAGGCCUUUACGCUGCCGUGUUGAUGCCUAAAAGCUCAUUUUAUGUUGAUCUGACCAGUAUGGCAGAGCAGAGAGCCAGUUUGAGAGCAAAAACUAAGGAUAGCUCCAUUCCAACACCUGAACUUUUGCCAGGUGAAAUCAUGCUCUGUGAAGUUCCAAAUGUUCUUCGUUUCGAUGCAAUGGGUGAAAAUAAGCAUGGUAUUUCUGGCGUACUUUGCGCAACCAAUUUUAGAGUUUCCUUCAUCACAGCAGGCAUGCAUGGAAACAAACGACAAUCUAUUUUUCACUCUAACCAAGAUCUUUCAGAAGAUGGCGAUGGUUUUGCCAACCAACCUCAAUCUCAAGAUGCUGUUCUUAUCCCCCAAGCCUGUAUCAUGCACAUAUCCAGUGUCAAUGGUGAAAAAAUCAAGAAAAUAAACCCAGGACAAGUGUUUAAAUCAAAACUUGAAACCCUUGUCAUACACUGUAAAGAUUUCCGGAUCAUUUCAUUUGGUUUCAAGUUCUGCUCCAAAGAGCACAAACGCAAAAUUGUCAAUACAAUCUUACAUUAUUCAUACCCUUCAUCAAUCCCACGUCUCUUUGCCUUUGAUUAUAAUAUUCACAAUGCUGAGAAGCAUUCCAAUCAUGAGUUGUUCCCAACAUAUCGUUCUGUUCUACAUUGGCAACAAGAAUUAGAGAGGUUAAACUCCAAGGAAAGAUGGCGGGUAACUGAAGCCAACAUAGCAUUUGGUGUUUCAGAUACUCUUGGCCAGUACAUGGUCUGUCCUAGUGGCUUGACUGAUGAAAGUAUUAAAGCAGCUGCAAUUCAUUACACCAAUGGUCGACUACCAUUCUGGUGUUGGAAUCAUCCAGUUACUGGUGUACCUUUACUCUGCAGCAUUGGAUUACCUGAAAGUGAAUUGCUGGAUAAACAUGAGAGUUCUAUAUUUGAGACAAUCAAGUCAACCUACCCCAAAGGCAAACAGACACCAAUCACAAUAUUUGAUGUUUCAAGAAAUUGUGCCUCAUCCAAGGACCUAGAAAUCAGUUAUGAGAAGGUUAAAGAAUUAUGUAUGCAUGAGAAUGUGAGAGAUUUCUGGGCUAGUGAUACACACUGGAUGACUAAUAUUGAUGCAACAAAAUGGUUGCAGCAUGUCAAGUCCUCCCUGAUUGCUUCGUAUGCUGUGUCCAAGCUAGUUUACGAGGACGCGAAACCGGUAGUUAUUCGUGAAUUAUCUGGCAGAGAUUUAUCACUGGUAAUAACAUCAAUUGCUCAAAUCAUAAUGGAUCCAUAUUACCGUACAAUUGAAGGCUUUCAACGUCUUGUUCAAAAGAUGUGGGUCAUCUUUGGCCAUCCAUUUGCAAAACGUGUGGCGCACAUCAAAGUGCUAAAGAAAGAAGAAAAAGAUGAGAAUUCUGAGUCACCUGUGUUCCUCCAUUUCCUGGAUUGCGUUCAUCAAUUGCUUAUGCAAUUUCCUUCUGCGUUCGAGUUCUCAGAAACCUACCUUCUAGGAAUUCUAGACUGCGUGUACUCGUGUAUGUUUGAGACAUUUCUCUUCGACUGUGAACGGGAUCGUAGUGUGAUAUGUGCUCAAGAGGAACGUUCUGAUUGUCUAGCAAGUUUGUGGGAUUAUAUUAUGGAUAAUCUGCCUUCUACUGAGUUUUCGUUGUUCCUUAAUCCACUGUACGAGUUCCAACGAACGAGUUUGAUCACAGAGGAUGAAAAACCAAAGGAACCCGAGCCCUAUUUAGUCGGCAGCACGGACACGCCCUGUCUUAAAUUUUGGGCCUCGUGUUUUCUUCGUUGGCUCCCAGCAGCCAAAGAGACUGUUGGUCGAGGACCGUGCCCGUCAAAACAUCUUCAACAGAUGAUCUUAAUGAACAAACUUAAAAAUCUUAAGCGCCGUCAGGCUGUGUUAGAGGCAGAUUUGAAAGACUACGAUAAUUCCACUGAUGAGGAACAUAAUCAAACAUCUCGUGAUCUCAGUAAUCUUACUGCAAUGGGGGAUAUUAAAGCGUCUUAUAUCAAUUCCCUCUCAGGACCAUUCUCGUUUGCGGAGUACUCUUUAAACCCGUUGAUGGCGGGCAAGACCGGUCAGGCGACCGGCAAUGAAAUGGCGACCCAAGUUUAGUCUAUUUGUAGUAACGUAUAUUGAAUAUAUAAGGGGUUGCACUAACAGAAUGACGAAUAUGUCGCAUCGACAAGAAUGGAAACCAAACUUAUCGAUGUUCUCAUUCAGGACUACCAUGCAAGUAGAUGGUAGCCAACCUUUAGCUGCAAAUAAUAAUAAUAUUUCAGGGAUAUGUGAUGGGG